AUGUUCGCAGAAGCCCCACAGCAACCCAAGCCUUGGGCAUGGACACCUUUGAUUGAGAGUCGACCACUCUCAGAAGCAGCAGGAUGGUAUGUUUCCCAAGUCUUCCUCAAGCUGGACAACCUACAACCAUCCGGCUCGUUCAAGUCUCGUGGUGUAGGCAACUACGUCCUUCAGCGUGCCGCCGAACGCAUCUCAGCUGCUGGAGUUCCCAAUUCGACACACUUCUAUGCAGCAUCGGGUGGUAAUGCAGGCAUUGCCUGUGUCCACGCUGCUAGAACACUUGGCUAUCCUGCCACUGUUGUUGUACCCAAGAGUGCCAAACCAGUCAUGAUUGCUAAGAUCUGGGCCAUGGUCAUCCAGCACGGCUCUACCAUUGCCGAAGCACAAGAGUACAUUCUCAACACACUUUUGCCUGCGGACCCGACCGGUGUGUUCGUUCCUCCUUUCGAUCACCAGGACAUUUGGGACGGCAAUGCAACUGUUAUGCAGGAGAUUGCAUCUCAACUUGGCGACAAACCCGACGUCGUUGUCUGCAGUGUCGGAGGUGGAGGUCUCCUGAACGGUAUCAUGCAAGAACUUGACCACAAGAAGUGGAACAACGACGUACAGGUCCUCGCCAUGGAGACUAAAGGAGCAGACUCGUUGAGCCAGAGUCUCAUCGCCGGUCAGAUCGUCACUCUUCCCAGAAUUACAUCGGCAGCCACCAGUCUGGGAGUUGUCAGAGUCGCCGAGAAGACUUUCGAAUAUGCCCAGAGACCUAAUGUCACGAGUGUUGUUCUCACUGAUGACGAGGCUGCCAAGGGCUGUUGCCUGUUGGCUGAGCACGAAAGAAUGAUGGUUGAGCUGACUGUGGGCGUCAACGUUCCUGUCUGCUUUGAUGGCUUCCUACAGACCCUGUUGGCCAACAAGAAGACAAUCACCAAGGACAGUAAGGUGGUUCUUGUUGUUUGUGGCGGCAACGACAUCUCUCUUGAUAUGCUCAUGGCAUGGCGUAUGGCUAUGGUUGGCAGUGAGACUGUCCAAGAGACCACAUCGAUGACCGCAAGAGUCGGAGCUACUGGGGUAACAGCUUGA